UGAGAAAGAUGGCGGCUGCGGCGGACACUGACUCCACAGGAGCUGGAGAUAAAAUCAAAGCAAUGCUACGCCGGUGCAGGGGUAGACCCAGACUGACAGACGCGGAUCGAGCUCAGCGGCGGCUGGAGUCUCGGAAGAAGUACGACGUGCGGCGCGUUUAUCUGGGAGAAGCGCAUCAAGUCUGGAGCGAGCUGCGCCGUCGCACGAGCCUGAGCGACGCGGGGCUCGCUGAGUAUUUAAUCCUGCUCGAUUCAGCGUACGGAGACAAAUACCAGCAGAAACACGCCAAGAAGAAUGACGUUCCUGAACUGUGUAAUAGGAAAGGGAAGAAAGCAUCUGCCACCAGCUUACAAAAUCUAGUGAGCUGGUACCAAGAGCACUUCCAGUCCUGUCCGCAUGAACCUGAACUGCGGACGGUGGAGCCAAUGGUGGGUUUGUCUACAUCUGCAUUUUGGGAGUGUGUUGCUGGUCACUCAUUUGUGCAGUACCUGCCGUGGGCUGCAGGGGUCGUGUCCGAGUCAGAAGAAGAGGACAAUGUUAAAGAGAAAGAGGACAGCACUCCAGAGGCGAAAGCUGGGGUCACUGACAAAAUCAAUGCCAAACACAAGAAACCGCAAACCCAAGAGCUGCUACAAGUUUCAAUCAAUGACUUGGAAAGCGACAGUGACCAGUCAUCACAGCUGGGUCAUCAGACGACAUGCACGACCGUCGAUCAGCUCCCAGGAGCCCCUGCGGCCUACAGGGGCACACUCGCCUCCAAGCGCUGUCUAGGCAACCAGGCCGUGUGGGAGAUGGAGGUACUUAUGGACCGGGAAGCUCAGGCUACCCUGGCCGAGUCUGAUGGCAAAGCCACCGAUCAAGAAGCGGCCAGUGACGCUGACCCUGUCGUGGAGCAGGCGGAUGGUUCGAGGACUUCAGAGCAUGCUGAAAAUUACGAGUGUGUGGUUGUCGCCGCACCGUUGACGGAGAGGCGAGAGGGGGAGGAUGGAGAUGGUGGUAUUAGAGAAGAUGGAGAUGAGGAGGAGGAGGGGGAAAGCAUGGCGUGCACACCGCUGGUGGCGGACCCAUCGCAAGGCGAGCUGUACGAGACUCACGACCUGCAGACGGUGAUGAGCAGCUGCGAGCUGCCAGAUCAACGCUCCACAUUAGGAGGAUCUCAGCUGAUCAUAAUUACGGGUCCCAGUUACGAAGCUUUGACGUCUGAAGGGAUUCAGCUGAACGUGUCUGGUGGAGAUGUGGAGGAGGUCACGUGUACCGUCAUCGGGGACGUGGCAUAUAAUCAGAUCCAAUCAGGAGCGACCUCACAUCCCGACAGCAUCGCAGAUAUGGUUGAGAAGCAGCUGUUGGAUACCAGUGAAGAAGCGCACUGUCCGAAGGAGCUCGAGAGAUCUCUGAAUAGAUCUAAGAGGAACCGUAGGGGUCCGGUCAUCGAAGCAGACGGCAUGUUAAAAAUGUUUCAUUGUCCGUAUGAAGGCUGCAGUCAGGUGUAUGUGGCCAUCAGCAGUUUCCAGAAUCACGUGAAUUUGGUGCACAGGAAGGGUCGGACCAAAGUCUGUCCUCAUCCAGGCUGUGGGAAAAAGUUUUAUCUGUCCAACCAUCUUCACCGUCACAUGAUCAUACACUCAGGCGUGCGAGACUUCAUCUGUGAGACGUGUGGGAAGUCAUUCAAACGUAAAAAUCAUUUAGAGGUCCACAGGCGAACACACACAGGAGAGACGCCGUUACAAUGUGAGAUCUGCGGGUAUCAGUGUCGACAGCGAGCCUCAUUGAACUGGCACAUGAGGAAACACACGUCCGAAACUCAUUUCAACUACACGUGCGAGCACUGCGGCAAACGCUUCGAGAAACUCGACAGCGUCAAGUUCCACAAACUCAAGAGCCAUCCGGACACACAGGGCAGCUGAGAAACUCCUCAGUAUGUGCAAGGAUUUAUUGACGGUACACUUGAAUAAAGUGUUUGCAUUGGUGCACUUUUUGAAUUUUAAAA